CUUAGAACUCCCAUUCGCCGUUUUGACCAUUGACGCGUAAUUCAUAUCGUAGGAGAGGUCUUCUGGACUCGUAUUCUCCAGGCACCCAUAUGUUCCACGCUGCUGAGAGGAUUUACCUGUUCUUGAACUUACCACAAAGAAAUGAUAAAAGGCAACAAAUCGACACAUUGUUUAAUCUUCAUAAAUUCUAGAACCUGUUCUCCAAAGAUCAGAAUCCUACGAGCCUGUUGCCUCAGGUAUUUUGGACUGUCAUUUUUAUUUUCCUCACAUUUUCAUUCUGCUUUCGCUUGAGGACGGAUGCGUUUGUAGCAAAGUGAAAAAGCGGAUAUCACAAGCCUACAAAAAUGGAACAGCAACGUCAUUUUCUUUCCGGCAAGACAAUUGUAGUGGCCGGAGCGGGGGUGGCCGGACUGUCAUUUGCUAUCGCCCUCAGAAAACUCUGGAAUGAAGAGACCUUCGGCCCAUCGCCGAUUUUACGGGUUUUUGAACGAGACACGGAGGAGGUUGCGAUUGGAAGGGAGGGGUUUUCGUUGAGUCUUCGAAGCGACAAUGGCGCGGAAGGGCUUCAGACUCUGAAGAAACUGGGAAUCCUAGACGAUAUGAUAAAGGUUUCCAUUACCGGUCUCGAACACAAGGGCUCCUUUACCUUAUGGGACAGAGGUUGGAAUAUCAUUAUGAAAGUCAGCCCACGGCUCCCUCAAGGGCUUCCGGUCGGUUCGAUGCGGAUCGCGAGGGACAAGAUGCGAAAAGUUCUCGUAGACGGUUUUGUUCGCCAGGCAGGUGGCCCAGACAGAAUUGAAUGGGAAAGAUGGUGCGUAGGCGUCACAAACGAACAAUCUGGACAGUUAGUAGUGGAAAUAAACGAUGGCGAAAGGGUUGGCUGUGAUCUUCUGAUCGUGGCAGACGGCGCAAGCUCCAAGAUAAGGACUUUGCUUCGACCGAACGACAAAUUACACUUCGCGGGCGUAUCGGCUAUCGCGGGGGUCUCAGCCUGGGAGCAUGAACCACCGGAGCCUAUUGACCAAGACUGGGGCAUGGUGAUCUCAGGAACCGGCACGGCACUAUUCGCGUCUCCAGUGGACAACCGACGAGCUGUCUGGAGCCUGAGCUGGAGGGAAUCUCAGCCCAGGAGAGCGGUCAAGUUCCCAAAGGAGCAAUCUGAAAUUGAUGCAAUCUUACGGGAGGCAAAGGAGAAGGGUUCAUGGCUGCCGCCUCUAUGGGAAGAUAUCUUGCAACAUACGGACACCCAAACCCUCUGGCUCAUGAAUGCGAUGGACAAACCGGCAUUCGACCAUACAGCGGCAGAUCAUGGAGACCGAGUGAUCUUCAUCGGGGACGCGAACCACGCGGUGAGCCCCUUCGCCGGGGCGGGUGCGAACUUAGCUUUGAUGGACGGCCUCGACCUGGCAAGCUCGCUGCUCGGCACGCAGAACGUUCAAGAAGCAGCCCACGAUUUCGACGGUAAAGCUCUUCCCCGGGCUAAGCGCAUCCUACGCAUGAGCCACUUCACCAUUAACGUCGCGCACGCCAAGGGGUGGAUGUCGCUGGUGUAUCUGUGGAUGCUGAAAUUGCUCUACUGGCUGUUCAUGAAGAAGCACGUCGAGAUGCGAACUUAAAUCGCACGCGCUUGGGCCCAAAAUCGUCCGCAUGUGACUCCAUGCUUUCCGCUCGUUCAUGUUCACUCCACUCAUGAAAGCCACGAGUUUGUAUCAUAGCUCGCACCUGUACGCAGUCAGACAAUCCAAUCCGCCAAGUCUCUCAUGCCAGAUGCGAAAGCCUGAGCGUGCCACGUCACUGCAGGCUUUGCAUCCUCCAGAGCAACUUCAACGCUUACGACCCUGCCAAACACGGAAUUCGGCGUGGGAGGUUUGAGUAUUCGUUGCAGCACGCGAAGGGCGAAGGUUUCACAACAGAGCGUGAGCGAGAUGCGGACAUGAUUUGGCAAAGACGCUGGGAAAAAAAGGCA